CUUCCUCGAGAAUUGCGGUUCGCCGAUUGAUGAUGAAGAAGUCGAGGCGAGUCGACCUCACUUGUUGGUAAAUAGGAAUUAAUGCGAAUUAAGCUGAAUUAAAGGUUUCUUACAGCAAAAUUUCUUUCAAACUGUGUGUUUGAAGUAAAUUUUACUGUGAGAAAUCUCUAAUUUAGCUUAAUUAAAUAUUGACGUCUGUUCAUGUACUCGCUUUCUUUCUGUAUACUGAAAAUAAAAUGAUAUUUUAUACAUAAAUUUAACGGAGGCAACAAACAGUAUGAAAAUUAAAGCUAAAGUAAAAUGCAAACAGUGAAAGUUACAAUCUAAAUCUAAGAGAGUCUUAUUAUCAAACAAAGGAAUUAACAACCCCGCUAGGUCGUUGAAGACAUUCUAACUAGACUGAGAAAAUAAAACAAAUAUUAUCAAACAGUAACAGUCAUGGUCGGUUAGGUCACAUUAGUGUCAUAUAGCCAGGCGGACUGAAAAGUCAGUGAAAACGAACAGUUAUUUCAAUCAGUAUUAGUGUGAGAAGUUGCGAGGCUGCAAAAGAUGAACAAAGGAAUAAGAUCUUUAAAUGUUAUGUGACAAAAGCACAAACAUCGGCGAACUGCGGUGAAACAUCGUUUUGUAUGCUCAGUAAUUUUGUAACAUCGAUAUCUGGAUAUUAUAUUCAUAUUAGCUUGGAAACUUAAUUUGAUAAAAGGAAAUCAAAGAAGUCAGUUGCCACAUCUGUACACGCAUUAGUCUAAUAAUUUUGUCAUCUGGACAGUGUUCGAAUAUUACCGAAGCAUGUCGUCCGCAGAGAAACGUAAGAUUUCAAGUUCAACUGAUCAAGAUUCAACGGAAAAGCGAAUGUGUAUAAUGGAAGAGCUGGAAGAGGAGGAAGAGGUGAAAGAGGAGGGAGAGGUGGAAGAGGAAGAAGAGGCGGAAGAGGAGGAAGAGGUGGAAGAGGAGCAAACUUCUGACGAAAGAGAAAUUGAGAAUAUCUCUACAGAGAAUAUCCCGAAAAAGCAGCAGACAGUAUCUUUGCCAUCUUCACCAUCUAUCACGAGUUUUUCUGAAACACAGAUUAAGUCGAGUAUACUUAACCAUACAUGGAAAAUUAAUCAAUUUUUAUGGCUUUGUAAUACUAUGAACACGAUAACGUCUCCACCAUUUCCAGAAACUGGUCAAUACGUAAUUAAAAUGAAAGUUUCAAGCCGAUGUGACUCAACUAAUCUAAUAUCCUUUUAUAUACUUACUAUAAAUAAUACAUUUAACGCUUUGUGUACCACUUCUAUAAUACUAUCGUGUGGAAGAGUUCUAUUUUCGAAAUCCAUCACAGGUUCUAUAUCGAAUAACACAUUGUUAAUUCAAAUCUGUGGAGGGGAGCUUCCGUUGUUAGAUAAAAAAAAUGCGCUUGUAAUACGUUGCAAGUUCGAAUUUUUUUGUAAUCUGAUAAAUAGAACUAUACGUACGAAUUCACUACCAUCUUCAACAGAAUAUUCAAAACACGUGACAUAUUUUGAAGACUUGGCUUUUGAUGAGUUUUGGCUUAAAAAUAAAUCAGUUUUAUGGUAGAAAAAAUGUAUCAAAAAAAUUGUGCGCCCGCAACAGUAGUUUAAGAAUAUUUGCCUUAAGAUGCCAUUUCACAUUGACGCUCGACGCUCAUUUUUAAC